UAGCCCACUUUUUGAACAUUUUAGGGGCAAUAAAAGUGUUUGAGACCUUGUUCAGAAUGAUUUUACUGACAAUGAUCGUCCGUGUGUCGGACAGAAUGCCGCUAGCUGCGUCCAUAGAGGAGCACGAGGAGUCAAACAGAGACCUACCAAAGUACCAGAACCAAGCCAAGCAGCUGUGCCGCAAGCUGAACGUCCAGAGUCCAGACCGCUGCACCCUAGAAGCCGGGGAAGUGAACUUUCACUAUGUAAUAGCAGAGGGGAUUUGCUACCUGACCCUUUGUGAGGCUUCUUUUCCAAAAAAGACUGCUUUUGCAUACCUGGAAGAGCUUCACAGUGAGUUCUAUGAUCAGUACGGAAAGACAACCGCCACGGCAUCACGGCCAUAUUCUUUCAUCGAGUUUGACACUUACAUCCAGAAAACAAAGAAGUUAUACAUCAACAACAGAGCCCGGAGGAAUUUGGGAAGUAUUAAUCACGAGCUCCAGGAUGUCCAGAGGAUUAUGGUGGCAAAUAUUGAGGAAGUUUUGCAGCGAGGAGAAGCACUUUCUGCUCUGGACACAAAAGCCAGUGACCUGUCCGGCCUGUCGAAGAAGUACCGCAGUGACGCCAAAUACCUCAACAUCCGCUCCAUAUAUGCUAAGGUGGCUGCUGUGGCCGUGUUCGUCAUCACGCUCAUCGUCUACCUGCGCUUCUGGUGGCUCUAAAACAUGGAUAGAUUGUUCUGCAGCUGGUGUGUUCUGUUGGGUACCAGCGUGCCUUCAUGUUUCCGUGUUCCUUCUUUCUGCGUGGGCUGCACAGCGCAUACAUGCUGAUCUCUGGUGGAGGGAAGCAAAUGCUUCACGGUGAUUUUGAUUUAAUCUGUUUCACUGCUAGAGUCCAGAGCAGGCAGCUCAGUGGGUAAGUUCAAAUACUUUUGUAGACCUGGGUUUGAGUCCCGAUCACACCAUCUGUCUGUGUUCUUGGACAAGAUGUUAAGCUGCGUCUUCCCAGUCCAACCAGCUGUAAAUGGGUACCGUCUUGGCCGGGGAAGUAGCCUGCGCUGGACAGGUGUCCUGUCCAGCAGGAGUCUGCUUCACUGAAUCCGCAUGUAAACAGCGACGGACUCAGGGCCUAUGUAGGACUUACUGCUGGUUCUGGAAGAGAAGGGGUUGAGAAAUGGCUGUUUACACACUCAUGAGAGUUUUGAGGGUAAAUCGUCUGUCUGUAUGCAGUGUUGUUGUGGACUCAAUACUGUGAUAAAAUAUUUAGUGUUCAAAGUUUACACAAUUUUGAGAAAUGUGUAAUGAUGGCUGAGAGCCAGGAAACAAAUUUGUGUUUAGAAGAAAAUUAUUUUUUUUUGUGAUAAUGUUAUUAUUGGGUUUUGCAUAGUAACCUUUUUUUGUAAUGAUGAUGUUUUGGGUCACAUGGUUAUGGGCAGUGGUAGACUAAGGUAAGUGCCUGUGGACCUGCAUGGUUAUUGUUAUCAGGUGUGCUCCUCUGUGAUAGGUUUAAAGCUCUCUUGGUAGUUUUAAUAUGACUAUAUUAAAACUGAACUCAAGCCU